GUUUGCUGGUUCUCAAGGUGAUAAUGUUUUAUAAGGAAGAGAAUUUGCUCUGAGAAGAGCAUUUAUCAUUCUUCACCAUGAAGGGGACACUUCUUCUGCUGGCCUUGCUGGUGAUUGGAGAGCUGGGCUUCCAGACAACGGAAGCAUGUAUGCCUUUCAUGACAACCUAUUUUGGAGUACUCAGUGGAAAUCGGCUAGUUCUGAAUGCCUACCUUACAAGGCUUCAAGCUACUGCAGCGGAAAGGGUGGUCUUUGAAAAAAUCCAGGAUUGCUUCAGUGAGGAAGCAGCAACAACCAAAAUUAUGAAUCCCCGAAUUAUGAUUUAGCCUCUGUCAUGCCUUCCAGAACCUCCUCCCCUUCUUCCUUGCCUGGCUAUGGCAGCUUUCAGGCUGCCUCCUGAAGCCUGUGGGUGGGCUCCUGUUCCCAAGAGGCAGAGUCUGUUACUGGAGACCUGAAUCAUUGCAGGGGAUUUUCUUUCCUGUGGAUGAGGAGCAAUGUCUUUGUGCGUGCUUGGGGAGCCCUGAUGAGCUCCUGCACCUUGCCUGUAGCCAUCUCUCUCCCUGUCUGUCUCUUUGUUUUCCAGUUAUCUAUACUCUUCAGCCCAGAAUGCAAGGCAUACUAUACCACCGAUGCCCUAAAGAAAAUGAAGGAUAUGCUUACCCUGAUGUAAAUCCAUUAGAAGUUAAUGGUUUAUAGCCAACCCAUCUUUGCAACCUGUCUGAUCCAAGUGCCAUCUUGCUGACCUGUCCUCUUUCUCUACCGAAGUUGGACUCCUGACACCUGUGCCCUCAUCCUGCAGUCUCUUAGGCUGAUUCUAAUAAAUGCCUGCAGCUCU